AUGAAGGUUUCCACCGUUCUUUUCUACAUUGCCCUUGGUGCUACCUCCGCCCGCGCCUUGCCAACUGAGAUUGUCGAUGAAGUCGCCAACAUUGACAAUGUCGACUUGAACGAGGCUGUUGACUUUGCCGGCGACCUCGAGGCUCGUGACUUUGCUGAAGUCGAAGAGGUUGAGGAGUUUGCCGACCUCGAUGCUCGGGAUAUCUCUGAAGAGGACCUUGUCUUUGAGGAAUUCGCCGACAUUGAAGCUCGCGAUGUCGAGGAAGAGGUUGAGGAGUUCGCUGACAUCGAGGCUCGUGAUGUUGAGGAGGAAGACUUUGUCGUCGAGGAAGGCGAGCUUGAUGCUCGUGCCAACUUGCCCGGCUUGAAUGCUCUUCAGUCCAAGUACGCUCGCGGCAUCAUCGCCCAGGCCAAGAAGGACAAGGUCGGCGCCCAUGGAUGCCAGGCCGGUAUUGCCACCGCUCUCGUCGAGUCCUCGCUGAUCAUGUACGCCAACAAGAAGGUUCCCGCUUCCAUGAAGCUGCCCCAUGACCGCGUUGGCUCCGACCACGACAGCGUCGGUCUCUUCCAGCAGCGUGCCUCUAUCUACAAGAACGUCAAGUGCAGCAUGGCAGCAGCUUGCUCUGCUGGCCAGUUCUUCGCUGAGAUGAAGCGUGUCAGUGGCUGGAAGACCAUGGCUGUUGGCAAGCUCUGCCAGCGUGUCCAGCGCUCUGCUUACCCUGACCGUUACAACAAGUUUGUUGGUACUGCUACCAAGGUCUGCAAGGCUGGUGGCCUGUAA